GUGAAAUAAACCAGCACCCCUUCUCUACCACUAAUACUUUUCGGAAGGAAUACUUUGGAUUUUUUUUUUUUAUAUUUUUUGAUUUAUUUCAGAGGCAACUUGUGUUUCUGUUUAAUUUAAUUUAAUUUAUUUAUUUAUUUUUGGUGAAGUGCAGCCAUCGUAGCGGGAAUUUGGACCGUGCGUAAUUUGGAGAGUUGUAUUGCCAAGCCGCAUCAGGAUGCGCGUCUGCCCGCUGCUGGUCCUCCUCUGCCUCUUGUGCGCCGGACGCGCUCAAAAGUUCUCCGCUCUCACGUUUCUGCGGGUGGAUCAGGAUAAGGAGUGCAACAUGGAAUGCAACGGAGGUCCUCGAAAACCCCUGUGUGCCUCCGACGGCAGAACCUUCACAUCGCGCUGCGAGUUCCUCCGAGCCAAGUGCCGCGACCCCCAGCUGGAGGUCAUCCGCGGGCCAUGCAAAGAUACAUCCAGAUGUGUAGCAGAGAAGAAAUACACAGAGCAGCAGGCCAAGAAGCUCUUCCCUCAGGUCUUUGUGCCUGUAUGCAACCCUGAUGGCACGUACAGCGAGGUCCAGUGCCACAGCUACACUGGAUACUGCUGGUGUGUGACACCCAAUGGACGACCUAUCAGUGGCUCAGCUGUGGCCAAUAAAAAACCUCGGUGCCAAGGAUCAAAACAGGAGAGGGCUAGCACAAGAGAACCAGGAAAAGCAGUCUCCUUGCAAAUAUUCUCCAUUCUAAAUGCAGAUGAGUCCGCCGGCCUAGUGGUGGAACCACAGCCUCCUGCAGAUGAGGAAGACAUCAUUUCCCAGUACCCGACUCUGUGGACGGAGCAGGUCCGCAGCCGGCAGAACAACAGAACCAGAGCGGCAUCCUCAUCAUGUGACCAGGAGCAGCAGUCGGCCCAGGAGGAGGCGAAGCAGCACAAGAACGAGGCGGUGUUUGUGCCUGACUGUGCGCACGGCGGGCUUUACAAGCCGGUGCAGUGCCACCCCUCCACCGGCUACUGCUGGUGUGUGCUGGUGGACACCGGCCGGCCCAUACCUGGAACCUCCACCAGAUAUGAGCAGCCAAAGUGUGACGGCAAUGCCAGAGCCCACCCCACAAAACCUAAGGACCAUUAUAGGAGCAGACAUCUCCAAGGCUGUCCCGGGGCAAAGAAAACGGAGUUCCUGACAAGCGUGCUUGACGCGCUGUCGACAGACAUGGUGCACGCUGUCACAGAUCCAGCAUCCGCCGGCAGGAUGGCUGAGCCGGACCCCAGCCACACCCUGGAGGAGAGGGUGGUCCACUGGUAUUUCAGUCAGCUGGACAAAAACUCCAGCGGCGACAUCGGCAAGAAGGAAAUCAAGCCUUUCAAGCGCUUCCUGCGCAAGAAGUCCAAGCCUAAGAAGUGUGUGAAGAAGUUUGUGGAGUACUGCGACAUCAGCAACGACAAAGCGCUGUCUCUGCAGGAGCUGAUGGGCUGCCUGGGCGUGACCAAGGAGGAGGGGGCCAAGACAGGAGAGGGCAUAUCUUCCAGUAAAGCGAAUCCGUCAAAGAAGCAAGGCUAAGCCAACAACAGAGAUUUUCCCUUCAACCCUUGGAGAUUCUGCCCUCACCAAUCGGCAAUAAUGGAAACCAUAGUAUUUGCACUUUGUACUUUAAAAAAAAAAAAAAUGUAAAUUCACUUUGUAGAGAUAAGGUAUUUAAACAGACUGCUGAAUCUGUGAAUGAUGUAGUUAGCUUUUAUGUCCUGACAAACAAGAAAUUAUUUAACACAUACAAUGUAUGUGUCCUUUGUGUGUCAAAAAAGUAUACUUUUCAGAGUUGUACAAGUUUUCAUGUGUGAUGUUGCAUUUUGUGCCCCUCCCCCGUCGACCGACCGUUCCUCUCAUCAUUGUUGACGUUAAUGCAGAUGUAUGGAUAGUUUGCUACACAGCCACAAUAACUUAGAUCAUACCAUCUCUCAUGUACUGACCUAUAGCAUCCCUCCCUGAGCUUUGUACAGCAGUUUGCAAGAAUGUUUUAAACCUGGCAUCAUAAAAAAAAAAAAGUCCUUCUUGUUCACAUGUAUUCAUGUUUAUUAGAAAUAAAGAACUCUUUUAUACA